AUGACGGACGAAGAACACGGUGAUUCGAGAAUAACUGAUGCGUCGUCAUACACAGAAGAGGAUUAUGAAGAAGCUGAAGAAAUCUACGAUGAUGAAGGAACACUUGAUGAGGAAGAGCGUGAGCAUCCAGAAGAGGAUUAUCGUGACGAGUUGAAGAUGUUAGAAGAUGAUGCGAAUUUAUCAGUGGAAGAAUUGAGAAGGCGAUAUUAUGGGAGUGGUGAGUUUGUUGUUGAAGAAGAUGACGACGAUGACAAUGACAAUGAAGUGGAUGAUGAUGAAGAGCAGUCGUCGUCUGCGCAUUCUGAGGAUAGUGCUGGGACACCUCAAGGCACUGAAACUGAUGACACGACUAGUAUUUCGAAUAUCAAUGGCGGAGCUAACGCUGAUGGUUGUGCGACGUCGUCGUCGUGGAUGGUAUCGACAACGACGAACAAAGUAAAACGAAAAACGGAUUCACGAGGAUAUUUCUCGGAUGAAGAAGAUAAUGAAGAAGAUGAUGAAUAUGUUCCGCCUGAUCCCUGGAGGAAGAACGUUCGUCAAGGACCUUUCUACCAAGCCACAAUUCCUGCAUUUAUUGCACCUGAUAUUAAUUAUCCUUGUGCUGAGAGAGAAUUACUACUUUGGCGUCCCCCUCCUCCUUCAACAUCAGCGAAAACAACGAAAUGUAAUGGGACUGGUUAUGAUGUUGAAAUGUUUUUACGAACUUUCUACGAAAUGGCGUUCAAUUCAAGUGUUUCUGCGCAGACGGCUGAUCUGUCGAGACUAAGCGCUCAAACGCAGCAGCAACAACCGUUGAGGGACGACGAAAACGCGCUGAAAGUUUAUAUGGAUACUGGAUAUGAUGCAGAGGCAGCGAUGUCAUUGUACCCUUUCCCACUUGUAAAUGCACCACAAAUGAACAUUGGGCCGAAUCCGUCAAAAUGGACUGAUACUGUGAGUUUUUCCAUUCAUCGCUAUCCCGUUCGAUGUUUUUCAUGGUGUCUUCAUGUAAGCGAUAUUGAUGUUGGUGUUAUGGUGUUCUCUUCGUUCAGUCAUAAGGGCUUAAAAGUAGAAAAGGAGGUUGUUGUGGGUAGAAAAGUGUUUGAGUGUACAUUUAUUUCUAUUUUAUCGCUGUUAUUGUACAGUUUUGUUUCAGCUGUUGUUAUUAUCAAUGUUGUUGUUAUUCGUUUCUUUCAGUUACCUUAUAGGACAGUUGGUGAGCUGGUGCAGUUUUAUUAUAUUUGGAAAAAGACAGAACGACACGAUAUGUUUGAAGAACGAAUUUGUGCAACUAAACGGCAUGAACAUUCAAAUUGCACUGAUUAUAUGGGUAGUUUAAUGGAGCAUAUGGACGCAACAACAGGAGAUACUCGGACGCAUUUAUCGUCAUCGACACCGUUGGAAGUGACCAGUAAUAUCAGUAUGCCGUCUGCCAAUCGUAAUAUUAGCUAUAAUAUUAGUAAUGAUAAUGCUAGUGGUAACGGUAUUAGUUAUAAGAGUGAUAAUGCUAACGCUAGUUACAAGAAUUCGAUAUCCGGUGAAUUAGUUACAGUGAUGAGCACUAACAGCAAUGAUAUGAUGAGUGAUAAAGAGUGGAAUAAUGUUGGAUGUUGGCAGGGUGCAACAACAAAUCAAACGGUAUCGACAACAACUGCAACUACGACACUUCCGCAUCUUGAUAACGAUACAAUUGCAAAUGUCUUGCAGUGA